AUGCCGUCGUCACUCAUUUCAAAACCUAGCCGUCGUUCUUGGGAUUUUUCGCUUGGUGGUAAGGCACCUUCCUCUUGA